AUGGAUCCCCCCACAGUUAAAAACGAUCUUCCCCCUCCUGAUAAACCUAGAGUCAUGGAUUUCAGAUUUACUGAUCCUGUUCGCUUUCUUUUCGAACACAUGCAAGGUGAUACGAAUAAGACAAAUUCCGAAAAAAUUAACGAAGAUUGGACUAAAGACAGAAAAUCUGCUAAAGUCCAACAGCCUAUUGAGAGAAAUGCCUUGUCACCAUCUUUAAAGGGAUCCUAUCAAGAUUUGUAUUCAGGAGACAAUGUGUUCACACGCGUUAAUUCCGCGUUCGACAAAACCGAACCUUCACGAGACACACAAAACACUUUGAAUGUUAUUACAACAACUUCCCUGAGUGCCCUUACUACUAAUACUCACAGUGAUAUGACAGCAAAUUCUCACAAUAGUGUAAUCGAAGAUCCUACUGUACAGGAAGAAAAUAUUUCUAACUCAUCAGAUCAUCCUUUGGUACCAAAUGCAGUGGAUAAUAUAAACCCAGUUAGUGAUGACGUAAACAAACACGCGUCUUCCAAAGCAGUGCAUGAAAAGACAAAUUCAAAACCCAAUGCUUUCGCGUCUUUGGUAUUUAGAGCAUCCAAACUUGAAACAGUUGCUAACAAUUUAUCGAGGCAUAGAAUAACUGGUAAUGGAACGCCUGGUAAAAGGCAAGAACCACCUCCAUCCGCAAAAACUCCUAUUUUAAAACCCCCUCCAUUGACAAGACGAUUAACUUCUAGACCUUUUCGAAGGACAAACAAGCCUCCUCUACCACCAACACCUUCGAUGAAUAAUAAGAGUGCUCAAAAUUCGACUCCAGUUCCAACUUCAGAGGCAGGAGUUAAACCUCAAACUGCCACAAAUUUACCACCAGAGAAAUUACCAUCACCACCUCCUGCUCCUGAUUCCGAACCAGAUUCUGAAGCAACUGUGCACACUGGUGAGGAAUCAGAUCCGGAAGAUCCACAACAAACAUUGCUGCAAUUAUGCAAGAAAAGUGACUGGAAUGCUGUUGAAGGUUUAUUGAAACAGUUUAGCAAGUCUGGAUUACCCCCCAAUUUGGCUGAUCCGGAAAAUGGAUACACCCCUGUUAUGUACGCCAUCAAAGAUAGCAAAAUAUUUAUGGCUGAUAGAUUUUUAGACAUGGGAGUCAAUGUGAAUGCAGUUGCAAAGGAUGGUAUCACCGCCCUUCAUUUAGCUGUAGCAAAUGUCAAAGAAGACGCUAUACGGUUAUGUCUAAGUAGAAAAGCAGAUCCUUUAGUGCCAUAUGGGCCAAAAAAUCAAUUACCUAUACAUAUACUUUGUCACAAAGGAAGAGGAUCAGCAUCCGCAACUUUAAGCAUCUUGCUCAGAAGUGCAGGAAAGGAAAUGAGACUUAGUAAAGACAAAGAUGGCAAAAUUCCUCUCUUUUUGGCUGCUGAGAGUGACAACAACAGUUUGUGUCGAGAAUUACUCACAGCUUUACAAAAAGAACAACUUAAAACAAGAACAGCAGAAGACGGUGAGACUGCUAUGCACAUUGCAACUCGACGAAAAAACGGAGAACUAUUGCGCUUACUUCUUAACAGUGGAGGAAAUGUUGAUGCACAGAAUACUGAAGGUUUGACUCCUCUUCAUGUUGCUUGUGAGCAUGGAGAUGCUGAAAUUUUAAAAGUAUUUUUCCAAUUUCGAGCCAAUGCAAACAUAAAUGACAAUCAAGAUCGUACUCCACUACACAUAGCGGCUGAGAAAGGUUACAGUACUAUAGUGGAAACUUUGGCAGAUAAAUUUAAAGCAUCCAUUUUCAAAAGGACGAAGGAUGGAAGAACCCUUAUGCACAUAGCUUCUGAAUCAGGGCAUCAAGAAACAGCAUUAGUCUUCCUUAAAAAAGGUGUUCCACUUCAUAUGUCUAAUAAAACAGGUACGAAAGCUAUUCACACAGCUGCUGCUCAUGGCUUUGUAGAGGUUAUAAGGAAUUUGCUUGACAGAGGGGAAAAUGUUGACGCUACAACUCCAGAGAACUUUACUGCUUUGCAUUUAGCAGUUCAGGCAAACCAACCUGAGGUAGUAGAAAUCUUACUCGGCCAUGGAGCAAAUGUGCAAAUGAAAGCUGGAAAAAAUGGAGAGACUGCUUUGCAUAUGGCAGCUGGUGUUCUAGAUGGUCAUAAAUGUGCUGAGCUUAUUAUUAAAAGUGGAGCUGAUGUAAAUGCAAGAAAUGAGGAUGGAGAAACACCUCUUCAUAAUGCCGCUCGUCAUGGUCAACUAAAAACUGUAUUACAACUAUUGGAAGAUGGGGCCGAAUUAGACAGUCUCUCAAAACAUGGGGAAAGUGUAUUACAUGUUGCAGUCAAAAACUGCCAUCAUGAAAUAGCUAAAAGCGUAAUAUAUCAUAAGAAGUCCAGUGUCACAGAACUCCAACUCAACAAUUACAUUAAUCAGCCAAAUAAGAAGGGUGAAACUGCGACUCAUUAUGCUUCAUCAGUAAGUAAGGAUCAAAUUCAUUAUCCCACAGAAGAUAAGGAUCUUAUUGCGUUAAUAUUACAAAAUGGAGGAAGUGUCACAACCGAAACAAAGCAGAAUUGUGAAACACCAAUCCACUAUUGCUGCAAGGCUGGAAAUGAAGAUGUAUUGAAAGAAAUCAUUGCUGGACUUCCAGCUUCCAAAAUACAAAUAGCUUGCAAUAAACAAUCUGCCACUGGUUGGUCACCCUUACUCUACGCUUGUGAUUAUGGAAAUUCUCAUGUUGUUCAACUACUACUACAAAAUGGUGCUCGAGUGGAUGUCUUUGAUGUCGAAGGAAGAGCUGGUCUUCAUCUAGGUGCUGAACAUGGUCAUGCUGACGUGAUAGAAAUUCUUCUCAAUCACAAGGCUUUCGUAAAUGUGAGAACGAAAAGAGGUAUGACUCCUUUACAUCAUGCAGCCGCAAAAGGACAUACAAGAGUUGUAAAGCUUCUAGUUGAAAAAUAUGGCGCUGCCAUAGAUGGCCUUACUCUGAGCAAGCAAACAGCUCUUCACUUAGCAGCAGAACAGGGACGUUUUGAAACAUGCAGAAUGCUUAUUGAUAUGAAAGCUGAUACAAAUGCUACUGACAAUAGAGGCCAAACGCCGUUAUUAUUGGCUGCUGAGAACGACCAUUCAGAAGUCGUGAAAUUGUUUCUACAAAUAAGGCCAGAUUUGGUGACCAUGGCUAGUUCAAGUGGAAUAACAUGCGGACACAUAGCUGCAGCGAAAGGAAGCGUAGCUGUAAUUAAAGGACUUAUGAAAUUCGAUCCAAAACUGGUUACAACUGCAAGAAGCAAGAAUAACUCUACAGCUCUUCAUCAAGCAGCGCAAGGUGGGAAUGCUGAAGUUGUGCAAGUGCUCCUUGAGGCAGGAGCUAAUCCUACAGAUGAAACUGAUGAAGGAUACACACCUUUACAUAUAGCUGCCAAAUAUGGUCAUCUUGAAGUAUUACACAUGCUAAAAUCAGCAAUUUCAUGGAGAUAUGCAAGUAAAAAGACUGGUAUGACUGCUCUACAUGUAGCUUCCAGUGCUGGCCAGGAAGAUUUUGUAAGAGAAAUGCUUACACAGGUACCUGCUACAAUCUUAAGUGAGAAACCAACUGAAAAUCUUGAAGCGGACUACGGAUUCACUCCUUUACACAUGGCUGCCCGAUAUGGUAGAGAAGAUGUUGUAAGAAUGUUACUUAAUAGUGCUGGAGUUCAAGUUGAUGCGGCUACAACUGUUGAGGCAACAAUGCCAUUGCAUCUUGCUGCCAGAGGAGGCCAUUUAGCUGUUGCUGGUUUAAUAUUGAGUCGAAUUACGGACAAAUUUCACUCCGGCGACAAGAAAGGACGUACUCCAUUACACAUGGCAGCUGCUCAUGGUCACGAAGAUAUAGUUCGUCUUCUGCUUGGUCAAGGAGCUGACAUUAAUGCAGCAGAUAACAAUGGUUGGACUGCUUUACACUAUGCUGCUAAGCAAGGGUAUCUCGAUAUGAUUAUAUUGCUUAUUGACAGUGGUGCAUCUUCAACUUCUGCGGCAAUAGAUGGAAAGAUACCAUUAAGUAUAGCUGCGAAUGCUAAUCAUCUUGACGUUUUAAGGUAUCUUUUCAAAAAGGAGCACAACACAAUAGACUUGAUGGAGGAUUCAUCGUUUCUAGUUGAUCUUAUGGUUUGUGGAAAACAGCGAGAAAAUUUACCUUUAUUAGAAUUCGUAUUCGUUUCGCCAGCUCCAAUCGACACAGCAGUAAAAAUGUCUCGAAGAUACGAAGAUUUAGCUCAAAAGGAAAAAGAAAGAGCAAGAGACUUAGAAAAUAUGGCAGUUUUUUGCGAAACAUUGGCUUCUGAUCUCUUAGCAAUCGCAGCAAGUAACAACAAUGCUGGAGCAUUGCUACAAGCUGGAGAUCAUAAAAAUACCGUUUUCCUUGAUGUUCUAAUUGAACUUGAACGAAAAGACGUUGUUGCCCAUUCAGCUGUACAAAAAUAUCUUUCGGAUGUGUGGAUGGGAAAUCUAAAAUGGCCUGCCUGGCAAAUAAUUUUAUUGUUUCUAGCCUUUAUAUUUUGUCCAAUCACGUGGAUGGCUUGUUCUUUGCCUCUUCAUCGGCUAGCAAAUAUACCAAUCAUCAAGUUCAUGGCAUAUCUAGUCUCCCACAUUUUUCUAAUUUUCUUGUUAUGCUUUUCAAUACUUAAUCCUUAUUUUCCCCUUUGGAAUUCUACUCAGUUAUUACCUCAUCCGCAUGAAUGGUUACUUCUAUUUUGGAUUCUAGGAUUCAUGGUGGCUGUAAACGUAAACCCAAGAGAAAGAGGGGGGUUAGGUUGGAUUAAGCUUGUUAUUGUAACAUUUGGUGUUAUAGCAAUAAUGAUUCACUUAACCGGGUUCUUUUUUCAAGAUGAUAACCGUUUAGUAGUACUAUACAUCCGUAACCAACUUCUUGCGGUAUGUUUGCUAUUAGCGUUUUUUGAAUUUUUAAAUUAUUUAACAUUCCAUCAUUUGUUUGGGCCAUGGGCGAUUAUUAUCAGAGAUCUCAUGAAAGAUCUAAUGAGGUUUUUAGCAAUUUUAGCUAUUUUUCUGACAGGUUUUUCUUUACAUAUUUGUGCAGUGUACCAACCAGUUUUCAAUCCAGGAAACAAAACAGUUGCGAUUGGUGCGGAAGUUUUCCAGUCACCUAUAGGUACAUUUGAAAUGCUCUUUUAUGCUUUGUUCGGUUUAGUAGAACCUGAUUAUAUGCCUCCCAUGCACUUGAGUCCGGCUUUUGCAAAAGUCAUCAUGAAAGUAGUUUUUGGAGUUUACAUGAUGGUAACUGUGAUAGUACUUAUCAAUCUUUUAAUAGCUAUGAUGUCUAACACAUACCAGCGUAUUCAGUCACAAUCUGAUAAGGAAUGGAAAUACGGAAGAGCAAAACUUAUAAGAAGUAUGAAUAUGACGUUGCCAACACCUCCUCCUCUUAAUAUCAUUACUUUCAUACCUACAUUGAUAAGCAGGUGGAAAAAAGAAAAGCAAGCAGCAAACAGAGCAGGUCGCUCUGAACCUAAGAUGGAAAAAGGAACUACAAUACUUUGGUUGUUGGGGCGUGGUGCAGCGAGAUCUUGGUUUAACAGAAAAAUGAGAAAGCGACCAAUUCAAGUAUCUCCUGUUGAUUUCCGACAUGGAGCAGGAAGCAGCCAUGGUGAUCUUCGCCCUAUCAGCUCAGUUAUUAACUGGAAGAGCAUGGUUAACAAAUAUUUAGAAGUUAAAGGUAUUGAUUUAGGUACCACUCCUCAAAAUGGAAGUCAAGAAGAUUGACCAUAGUUUAAGUGAACAAAAAGAACUUGAAUGCAUUUUAACCAAACUCACCUUUAAUACCAUUUUUCAACCCAAUUUACAUAUCAUAAUCAUUAAUAAUCAAAAUGAGCUUAAAACUCAACUUAUUUAUCAUAAACGAAUAUAUUUUUUUUCUUGUAAAAUAAGAAAAACAAGAACAAAUACCUCAGAUUGUGGUUGACAAAGUUACAUUUAUUCAUAUAAUUCUAUUUGUAGAAUCCAAUUGUAGUUUUCUUAAGCCUCUUUUGUAAAAAUUUGAUGAUAAAUAGAUUUCUAUAUCUUCAAAA